CGCUUGCUUGUCUAGAGUUAGCGUUAAAGCUAAUCUUGCGUUAUAACAGUUCAUUGUAUGAACGACUUUAUUUCCGAACAAACUCUCUGUCCACGUGUCAUAGCUAACGUAAAGAAACAGCUUAGGGUUGUGCUAACGUCUAACGUUGCGUUAAGUUUUCGAUACGCAGAAAACGCCCCCUCGGUUGUGACUUAGCCACCACCUCGUAAAUUUCGCGAACGCUGGGCGACAUAUCAAGAGUUCAGGAUAAACCCGGAAUCGUACGGGCCGAUAUGCAGGAACGCCGCUUCUAAACCGGUCCCCACAUCCACGAAUUCGUGUGUCAUUUGUCCUGCACUGCGCUGCAAACUGUGGAAACUGUGUGAAAGGUCAUUGAAGUGGAACGGCGAUGUUGAGAAUGGCUGCCUGGUUCUAGCCACCCAAAGCCCCUGUCUCAGAGAAACCACAUUUUCCUCUUAUAACGGACCAUAGACGUCAAGUGCCAUGUCCCUGGUUUUCUCACGACCCAACACCAACGCAGUCCACGGCAAGAAGGAUAAAAGACUGAUGGCUGAGGUGAAUGCAUCGCCGCUCAAACAUUUUGUCACAGCAAAGAAGAAGAUCAACGGGAUCUUCGAGCAGCUGGGAGCCUACAUUAAGGAGAGCUCAUCCUUCCUAGAAGACACCUAUAAGAGUGAUGAUCUGGACCCGGUCACCACAGAGGAGCAGGUCCAGGCGGUACAGGGUUACCUCUGCAAAGUGGCCGGGAUCGGAGAGGUGCUGGCCCGUAGGCACAUGAAGGUGGUCUUCUUCGGGAGAACAAGUAAUGGAAAGAGCUCGGUGAUAAACGCCAUGCUGUGUGACAAGGUUCUUCCCUCCGGUAUUGGACACACCACCAACUGCUUCCUGAGGGUGGAGGGUACAGAUGGCAAUGAGGCCUUCCUGCUCACCGAGGGCUCUGAGGAGAGGAAGAGCAUCAAGACAGUCAAUCAGCUAGCCCAUGCUCUUCACCAGGAUGAGGACCUGGAUGCAGGCAGCCUGGUGUGUGUCAUGUGGCCCAAAGCCAAGUGUGCCCUGCUCAGGGAUGACCUGGUCCUUGUGGACAGCCCGGGUAUUGACGUCACCACAGAGCUGGACAGCUGGAUCGACAAGUUCUGUCUGGAUGCAGAUGUGUUUGUUCUGGUAGCGAACUCUGAGUCCACCCUCAUGCAGACGGAAAAGUCAUUCUUUCACAAGGUGAACGAGCGCCUCUCCAGUCCAAACAUCUUCAUCUUAAACAACCGAUGGGACGCCUCAGCCUCAGAACCCGAAUACAUGGACGAGGUCCGCAGGCAGCACAUGGACCGCUGCAGCAGCUUCCUGGUAGAUGAGCUGGGCGUGGUGGACAGAGCCCAAGCCAGCGACCGCAUCUUCUUUGUUUCUGCCAAGGAGGUCCUUCAGGCUAGGGUGCAGAAGGCCCAGGGCAUGCCUGAAGCAGGUGGUGCUCUUGCAGAGGGAUUCCAGGCCAGAAUGUUUGAGUUCCAGAACUUUGAAAGGCGCUUUGAGGAGUGUAUCUCGCAGUCUGCAGUGAAGACUAAGUUCGAGCAGCACACGGUGAGGGCGAAGCAGAUCUCUGAGACGCUGCGCCUGAUCAUGGACUCCGUUCACGUGGCGGCACAGGAGCAGAAGAUACACUGUGUGGAGACAAGGGAGGACCGUCAAGACCGCUUGGAGUUCAUAGACAAACAGUUGGAUCUACUGACUAUGGACUGUAAGGCCAAGAUCAAGAAGAUCACAGAGGAGGUGGAGAGACAGGUGUCAAACGCCAUGGCUGAGGAGAUCAGGAGGCUCAGUGUGCUGGUGGAUGACUUCCAUGUUGACUUCCACCCCUCUCAGGUGGUGCUCAAGGUCUACAAGAAUGAGCUCCACAAACACAUUGAAGAAGGCCUGGGCAGAAACAUGUCUGAGAGGUGUUCAACUGCCAUCACCUCGGCUCUACAGGACACCCACACCGACAUGAUCGACGGUCUGAAGCCUCUGCUACCGGCACCAGUCAGAGAGCAGGUGGACAAACUGAUCCCACGAAACUGUUUCAGCCUCAGCUACGACCUCGCCUGUGACAAGUUGUGCAGUGAUUUCCAGGAAGACAUCAACUUCCACUUCUCACUGGGUUGGACCAUGCUGGUCAACCGCUUCCUGGGGCCCAAGAACACCCGCCGCGCCCUCAUGGGCUACAACGAUCAGGUGCCGCGGCCGAUGGCAUUGACGCCUGUUAGCACCAGCAUGCCGCCGUUCCCUCAGGGCUCCAUGACCCAAGAGGAGCUGAUGGUCUCCAUGGUGACAGGCCUGGCCUCCCUCACCUCCCGCACGUCCAUGGGCAUCAUUGUUGUCGGUGGUGUGAUCUGGAAGGCAGUGGGCUGGCGGCUGAUCGCGCUGUCGGUGGGUCUGUACGGGCUUCUUUAUGUCUACGAACGUCUGACCUGGACCACCAAGGCCAAAGAGAGGGCCUUCAAGAGACAGUUUGUGGACUACGCCAGCGAGAAGCUGCAGCUCAUCGUCAGCUACACCGGUUCCAACUGCAGCCAUCAAGUCCAGCAGGAGCUGGCCGGUACCUUUGCUCAGCUCUGCCAGCAGGUGGAUGUGACUCGCCAGAACUUGGAAGAUGAGAUUUCGGACAUGAACAACAAGAUUGAGCUGUUGGACUCGCUGCAGAGCAAAGCCAAACUGCUACGGAAUAAGGCCGGCUGGCUGGACAGCGAGCUGAACAUGUUCACCCAGCAGUACCUCCAGCAGGGCAGAUAAAACCAGAGCCCCGAGUCUGACGCCAAGAACCGAAAGAGGGAGAAGAAAAGAGGAGGAUGGAAGGAAGGCAGGUCUACGUUGUUCGGUGUACAGAGAGAUCUCUUUUUUCCUCCUCCGGUACUCUUUCCUGUGGCCAAUGUAGUGACAUUGUUUUGCCUGUAUUUAGUUCAGCUUCAGGGCCUCUCGCCCGUAUAAGAAGGGUGAAAUUAAUUUGACACCAAAUAUCUUACCGCCACAUUUGAUUUGUGAAACACGUCAGAUGAGUUGUUUUUAUUUCAUUCGAUCUUUUGCCUUUUGAACACAGAGUAAUGGCUGCCACCCUAAAGCAGGUGUCCGUAAGAGACUAGAAGGGAAAACAGCCCUUCUUAUUGUGUGAGUAGAGAAGGAUCUCCAAUAGGAGGGACUCAGAAUAAUUUAUUCCUAGUCGUUUUCCACUGGCUCGUCUGAACCGACUCAUAAGGACUGAACCCAGACCCCGGACUUGAACGGGAUGUGCACACAACGCCAUUUUGAAUGCACUUGCAUUUGGGGGUUGGCUGUCAUACUUUCACGCUCAUGUUUUUUUCUUCCCGUCAGCAAAAUAAUCAGGUAGGCUAGAAAGGGAAUAUCAGUCACUGUCUGUAUUUAACUUAUUGGCUCGACCAUGAUCAAUAAAGACUUCUUACCUUUCUAGUGUAUGCACACUAGUUAGACCUCCUCUUUUUCCUAGCUUAUGAACUAAGCGGACACACGAGGUCAGUUGUGCACUGAUGGAGGAUGUUGUGUUGAAACCACAGGCCAGUUAGUUAAACCUCCAGGUUUUAAGCUGUUAAAGGGACAGUUCACCCCAAAAUCAAAAAUACAUGUUUUUCCUCCUACCCGCAGUGCUAUUUAUCCAUCUGGAUCGUUUUGGUGGGAGCUGCCGAGUUUUGGAGAUAUCGGCCGUAGAGAUGCGGCCUUCUCUCCAAUACAACGGGACCGGAUGACACGCGGGUGGCACAGUGGCACAGUGGUUAACGCGGUCGCCUCACAGCAAGAAGGUCCUGGGUUCAAGCCCCGGGGUAGUCCAACCUUGGGGGUCGUCCCGGGUCUAUCCUGUGUGGAGUUUGCAUGUUUGCCCCGUGUCGGUGUGGGUUUCCUCUGGGGGCUCCGGUUUCCUCCCACAGUCCAAAGACAUGUAGGUCAGGUGAAUCAGCCACACUAAAUUGUCCCUAGGUGUGAAUGUGUGUGGUUGUGUGUGUGUAUGUCGGCCCUGUGCGAUAAUCUGGCGGACUGUCCAGGGUGUCUCCCCGCCUGCCGCCCAAUACCUGCUGGGAUAGGCUCCAGCGACCCUGAGAGCAGGAUAAGCGGUUCGGAAAAUGGAUGGAUGGAUGGAUAACGUUUGGCUUGUGUUGCUUUUGGCCCUUUGAGCAACGCGAGCCGAGUGCCGUCCACUUCCACUGUAUUGGAGGAAAAGGCGAACAUCUCUACAGCUGAUAUCUCCAAAACUCAGCAGCUCACACCAAAACAAUCCUAGAUGGCUAAUGUGUAUUUUUGAUUUCGGGGUGAACUGUCCCUUUAAGGUUCUUUUAACUGCAACGUUGUAUCUAAUUUAAUAGUUUCACAUCCCUGAAGCCUUCAACCCUUAUCGAGAUAAUGUGUCAAGAGUGUGGUAAACCUUUAAUGGUGAAAGAAACACAAGGCCUACCAAACUAGAGGCCUGUUUAUCCAAUGCAAAUGCCUCGUCUUAAUGAUGUCAAUGUCUCUGCAGUCAGAAACACUCUAAGCAUUGAUUUUAUUUUACAUUUCAUUAAGAUGGAAUUUGUGGACCAUUUCUGUGGUUCCUCAAAUCCAAAGUAGUUAUCUCUUGGGAUAUGUGUGUAUCGGAUAUAUAAAUGAGUGAAGAAAUGUUUCUCCCACUAAACGUGUCCAGAUGAACUGGUUCAGCUGUCCGGCAUUGGAUAUAAUUUCAUAUCGUUCCAUGCUGCAGUUAAAAAAGUAAAACUUGAGCUACUUCUUCAACUGGGCUGUAAAGUCAAGAUAUUGGGUUGUGAUUGUGCCAAGUGAGUAGGAACGUUGGCUAAAACAUGCACUUUAUGAUUUUGCUGCUUUUGUUUGUGUUAUGUAUAUUUUUUUAAGCCAAUAAGUAUUUUUCCCCCCCAAAUGCAAAGGUGUAAAGUUCCUGUAGACACCUGAAGACUUCAGGGUAGAUCAUAUGUCCGCCUGCAUGCAGUGACUGUCCCAGUUUGUUGUCUUGUUGAGCGUCAAAGGAAAUUAUUAAAACUGUAAACACUAAAGAA